GUACGUACGUACGUGUUCGGACGUACAGAGUGGUUGGUUGGUUGGUUGGUUUGCGAUAAUGCCUCCCAACGGCCAGGACUCGCACGGCGGCCGCGCCGGCCUCGUCGUCCUCCCGCCGCCGCCGUCUCCUCCUCCGGCGUCCAACAAGAUGGACUGCUUCUUGUCCUCCGUCUGCACGCCGCUCGAUCUCCAGUUCAUCGACCUGUCGUUCCGCGUCAAGCUGGAGCGUGCGGCGGCGGCGGCAGCGAAGGGGGCGCCGCCGGGAAGGAUAUCGCACGCGGGGGGCGGCGGCGGGCAGGAGGAGAGGACGGUGCUGAAGGGGAUCACCGGCGAGGCGCGGCCGGGGGAGGUGCUCGCCGUGCUGGGCCCAUCGGGGAGCGGCAAGUCGACGCUGCUGUCCAUCCUCGGGGGGAGGCUCGCCGGGCAGUACGCCGGAACGGUGCUGGCCGGCGGGCGGGCGCCGUGCCGCGCCGUGCAGCGGCGCACGGGGUUCGUGGCGCAGGACGACGUGCUCCACCCGCACCUCACCGUGCGCGAGACACUCCUCUUCUGCGCCAUGCUCCGCCUCCCGACCUCCGCCCCGGCGUCGGCCAAGGCCGCCGCAGCGGAGGCCGUCAUCGCCGAGCUGGGGCUCGCGGCGUGCGCCGACACCAUCGUUGGCAACGCGUUCGUGCGCGGCGUGUCCGGCGGCGAGCGGAAGCGCGUCAGCAUCGGCCACGAGAUGCUCGUCAACCCGAGCCUCCUCGUCCUCGACGAGCCCACCUCCGGCCUCGACUCCACCGCCGCCGCCCGCCUCGUCGCCACCCUCUCCUCCCUCGCCCGCAAGGGCCGCACCGUCGUCAUGUCCGUCCACCAGCCCUCCACCCGCGUCUACCGCAUGUUCGACUCCGUCCUCCUCCUCGCCGAGGGCUCCUGCCUCUACUUCGGCGCCGGCCGCGACGCCAUGGACUACUUCGCCUCCGUCGGCUUCUCGCCGGCCUUCCACGUCAACCCCGCCGACUUCAUGCUCGACCUAGCUAACGGAUUCGCUCAAGCAGAGUAUGAGAGCUGCAACGCGGCUGAUGGCGGCAACGUGAAGCAGUCGCUGAUGGCGUCGUACAGCAGGGUGCUCGCGCCCAGGGUGAAGGCGUCCAUCGAUGCCGGCGACCACGCCGAUGCCGGCGGCGAGCAGCAGCAGCAGGCGGCGGAGAGCUGCAGCGGGUGCACGAGCUGGGCGAACCAGUUCACGAUCCUGCUGCGGCGGAGCCUCAAGGAGCGGCGGCACGAGACGUUCACGUCGCUGCGGCUGUUCCAGAUCAUCGCGCCGGCGCUGGUGGCCGGGGCCAUGUGGUGGCGGUCGUCGCCGGCGGCGGUGGACGACCGGAUGGGGCUCCUCUUCUUCGUCUCCAUCUUCUGGGGGGUGUUCGCCUCCUUCAACGCCGUGUUCGCCUUCCCGCAGGAGCGGCCGGUGCUGGCCCGGGAGCGCGCCUCCGGCAUGUACGCGCUCUCCUCCUACUUCAUGUCGCGGAUGGCCGGCGACCUGCCCAUGGAGCUCGCGCUGCCGACGGCGUUCACCGUCAUCGUCUACCUGAUGGCCGGGCUCAACCCGUCGCCCGCCGCGUUCGCGCUCACGCUCGCCGUGAUCCUCUCCUACGUGCUCGUCGCCGAGGGGCUCGGGCUGGCCGUCGGCGCCGUGAUGAUGGACGCCAAGCGCGCGUCCACGCUCGUCACCGUCGUCAUGCUCGCCUACCUCCUCACCGGCGGCUUCUACGUCCACAACGUGCCGGGCUUCAUGGCGUGGGCCAAGUACACCUCCUUCACCUACUACUGCUACCGACUGCUCAUCGCCGUGCAGUACAGCGGCCGCCUCGCCGCCCUCCUCCCGCCCGAGGCCGUCCGCGGCGAGGCCACCCCGGGCGCCUGCGUCGCCGCGCUCGUCGCCAUGUUCUUCGCCUACCGGCUGCUCGCCUACCUCGCGCUGCGCCGGGUCAGGACGUGAUCAUCGCCCCCGCUCUCUCGCUCGCUCGCCGUCGCCGGCCGGCCAUCGCCAUCGCCAUGGCCGCGCCGGCACGUCGUAAUUAACUAGGUAGCUCUGCUGAAUUCCCCCGGCCAGUAUAAUGAAAACGACGUACGCCGGCCGGCGAGCACGGCAGUUAAGCUUGGCCUGCACGCGCCGCCGGCGACGGAGAAGACGUACGGCUCGAUCUGACAGCGGUGUAGUUGUUCUUGGCAUAGAGAUCGACCACGGCUUCUGCCGCCUUCUUCUUCUCGUCGUCUUCGUAAUUUUUUUCUUUUUUUUUCCCUUUUUUUGCUGUUCUUCUCCUGAUCCAUUGAUGGAUCGAGGUGUCAUCUUGCAAGUGUAUUAUUACUACCAAUUAAUUAAUCUAAAAGAAAUCCGGUGUAAUGUAACAUAUGUUUAUUAAGUAGGGAUGACUAAUUAUUCAUCCGAAAUACAAGAAUUUUAAGGGAUUUUUGU